CUGUUUUCCGGCAGCUUGCCACCAACCGCCAAAAUGGCCGAGAAGGUUGAUACCAAGGAGGUCCAGACCAAGGUCGUCACUGGUUCCGAGGCCUUCAACGAGGCCAUGAUCAAGGAGCCUCCCAGCGCCUGGACCAAGGCUCAGAUUCUCAUCUAUGCCUUCUCCCUCGUCGGUUUCUUCUGCUCGACCAUGAACGGAUACGACGGUUCUCUGAUCAACAACCUGCUUCAAAACCCCUCCUUUAAGGAACGCUACGGCGCAAAGAACGAUGGUAUCUGGGCUGGUAUUAUCUCUUCCAUCUACCAAAUCGGUGGUGUCGUUGCUCUUCCUUUCGUCGGCCCUGCUCUCGACACCUGGGGACGCCGCGUCGGUAUGCUCAUCGGAGCCCUCAUCAUCAUCAUCGGAACUUGCAUUCAAGGUACCGCCAACGGCACCGGACAAUUCAUGGGUGGCCGUUUCCUCCUUGGUUUCGGUGUCUCCAUCGCUGCCUCUGCCGGACCCAUGUACGUUGUCGAGAUCAACCACCCCGCCUACCGCGGAGUCGUUGGUGCCAUGUACAACACUCUGUGGUUUUCUGGUGCCAUUGUCGCGUCGGGAACUGCCCGUGGCGCGCUUGACAUUAAGGGAGACGCUUCUUGGAGAUUGAUCACCUGGAUGCAAGCACUGUUCUCCGGUCUGAUCUGCUUGUUCUGCAUGUUCCUCCCCGAGUCUCCUCGAUGGCUCUUUGUCAACAACAAGAAGGAACAGGCCACCGCCGUGCUCACCAAGUACCACGGAAACGGCAACCCUGACUCUCCCUGGGUCAAGCUUCAACUUCACGAGUACGAGGAACUCCUUGACAUGGACGGUGCUGACAAGCGCUGGUGGGACUACCGCGCUCUGUUCCGCAACCGCUCUUCCGUCUACCGUCUUUGCUGCAACAUGUGCGUCUCCAUCUUCGGACAAUGGGCUGGCAACGCCGUGCUUUCUUACUUCCUCGGAUCCGUUCUUGACACCGCUGGCUACUCCCACCCCAUCCAGCAGGCCAACAUCACUCUCAUCAACUCGUGCCAACAGUUUGCUUGCGCCAUCUUCGGUGCCAUGCUCGUCGACCGUGUUGGCCGUCGCCCGCUUCUUCUCUUCUCUUUCUCUGCUUGCACUGUUGUCUGGCUCGGCAUGACCAUUGCCUCCGGAAUCCUGUCUCAAUCCCAGACCGGUGUUACAGACAGCGGCGCCGCCAUCUUCAACAACCCCGCCGCCUCGCAAGCCUGCUUGGCUAUGAUCUUCCUGUUCGGAUCCGUCUACUCUGUCGGUAUUACGCCCCUUCAGGCUCUCUACCCCGUGGAGGUCCUCUCCUUCGAGAUGCGUGCCAAGGGUAUGGCUUUCUCCAACUUGGCUGUCAACGCUGCUGGUCUUCUCAACCAGUUCGCUUGGCCCGUGUCCAUGGAGAAGAUUGCGUGGAAGACGUACAUCAUCUUCACCAUCUGGGACGCCGUCCAGACUCUCGUCAUCUGGCUGUACAUUCCUGAGACCAAGGGACGCACUCUCGAGGAACUCGACCACAUCUUUGCUGCUAAGAACCCCGUCAAGGAGUCCACCAAGAAGAAGCAGGUUGCCGUCGACCGCUACGGCGACGUUGUCAACGUCCAGGACGUCUAG